GGGCGGGUCGUACCACUUCCCCUGAAAGGGGUGUUCCGCAUCGGUCGGGGUUGCCGGGGCUGAUCUGUGAAGUGGAGAUGUAAUGAGGCGAUAUGACAGCCCCGGCUAUCCGUCCUCCUCUUUCCGGGGCUGCUUGGGGAACAGCGACCGCUGCAUGGCCGUGACGUCACUGAACCGCAGGGCCUAGGGCAUAUGACGUCAUUUGAGGUGAAGCAUUAUUUGAAGUUGAAGACACACAAAGGAACAGAGUGUCCUUUUAGCAGCUUCAAGAACUGGAACUCCUAACAAUUGCCAAGGGAUGGAAAUCAGGUUGCUGUUUGAAAAUUCAAUGUGACUUCUGAUCUUUAAUUUUUUUACUUGCUGGGAAGAAGGAACACUUUUUUUUUUUUACAAUGCCUAAAAGGUUACAUUUCCAUAGAAUUAAAUAAGGAAAAGCUGAAGCACUUUGAAGUGUGGAGUGGGAAGACAGAAAUUCAAAAUGAUAAGGCUUAAACCCAUGGAGUUCACAAGAACAAUAGUCCAGCUAAACAUUUUGAAACUCUCUUUUAAGUAACCUAUCAUGGACUACAAAUGUAAACUUUGUUGAUACCUGGACUUUUUAUUUAUUUUAUUCCACAUUCUACAAAAAGACUGACCAAAAUACCUUAAGCCAACUUUCUAUUCUGGGGGCUUUUUUUUCCUGAGUGUCAUGCAGGUUCUCCACAGAUUCUACCAUGGUUAUUAGCCAAUGCUGCCCUACAGGACUCUGCAAACAUAACACUGCAAGCCCUUUGUGUAGGUAAUGGAGCAAGAGCAAAAGAGCAUAAGGAAGUUGGAGGAAGGUGUGAGGAAGAGGAUAACUAAAGGGGAGACAUUGCAGGGCAGGGUGUCACCAACUGAAGGCUUCCACAGCAGUUCCAAGGGAGACAUUGUGCCACAGCAAUUAUUGCCAAGUUCUGUAAAAAACCCAAGAGAGGGUGCACCACGGAGAGUGGGGCGGCCCUGUAAGCCAAAAGGUCUAUCACAGCUCCAGGGUUCCAAACCACAGCCCACAUCACCAGCAUUUAUGGCACCCAGAGCACCUCAUGGACAUAGUCUUGAAGGGCCAGCAUGGCAGUUAGCAGAUCCAAUACAGCCUGGUCCAUCAAGAUCUCUUUCUUCUGCACUCCAUACACAGCUAAGCCCCUCAGAAGAACUGUCCACUGAGAAAGCUUAUAUCCACCGCCCAUCUCAGGUUUCAGUAAAACAAGCAGAGGAGCACCACAAAAAAGAGAAAAAACCCCAAAAGCCAGGCAAAUAUAUAUGCCAGUACUGUAGCCGGCCAUGUGCCAAGCCAAGUGUUCUUCAGAAGCAUAUCAGAUCUCAUACUGGAGAACGUCCUUACCCCUGUAUCCCAUGUGGCUUUUCUUUCAAGACAAAAAGCAAUCUGUACAAGCAUAGGAAAUCUCAUGCUCACAGGAUAAAAGCUGGACUGGCCUCAGAAAUUGGUGCAGAGAUACAUCCGUCCAGUUUAGAUUUGGAUAAACUUGGAAGGGAAGAGAUAGAAGAUCCAACUGAAGGAGAAAGUACUGAUUCUGAGGAGGAGACAAGCACAUUACCAAGCAUGGCAGAGCUCUCCCCUCUGCAAAAGCAUGGCCUUUCAUCUCGUUCCUCUCAUAGUGUUGGGAGCCAGCAUGGAAUGAGUCAUGAUGUUUUCUCCCUGGCCCAACCAAGCACAUCACUAGGAGUAAAGGAGAGCACAGCAUUUGCAGACCCCUCUUUUGAUUCUAGUCAAAAAUUAGAAGACACUCACUCAAUAAAACAGAAGCUUGCAUUGCGUCUUAGUGAGAGGAAGAAGGCCAGUGAGGAGCAGACAUUCCUCAGCCCAGGAAGCAAAGGAAGCACAGAAUCAGGUUAUUUUUCUCGUUCAGAAAGUGCAGAGCAACAAAUAAGCCCCUCCAAUACCAAUGCCAAGUCAUAUGCUGAAAUCAUCCUUGGGAAAUGUGGGAGAAUUGGGCAGAGGACCUCCAUAUUGACUAAUCCUGCCCCACCUCAAGGAAUAUCAGAUGAGAAACCAAGCAUGGUGCCAUUAUCUUUGCCCAGAACACAGGUUAUUGAACACAUUACAAAGCUUAUUACCAUAAAUGAGGCAGUGGUAGACACCAGUGAGAUUGAUAGUGUUAAACCUCGGAGAAGUUCACUGUCAAGACGGAGCAGCAUUGAAUCUCCAAAGGCAACAUUAUACAGAGAGCCUUUCCAAUUUGACUUAAAGUCUCCAGGAUCCAUGGGUCAGAUGGAUCCCAAGAAUUUAGCUGAGAAAGUGAAAGGAGAACAUUCAUUCCUUUCACUUCAGCAGUCCCACAGUGCCACAGAGACUGUGCCUCUUCUGCGAAGCCACUCAAUGCCUUCUUCUUGCACUAUAAGCUCUCCACAUCCUUUUAGAGCUAGUUACUCAUUUGAUGAAAGGAUUGUUGAUUCUGACGUCUUAAGCCACAGUCAAGCAUUUUCCUCACAUCCACGGCUAUUAAAAAGACAACCAGCAAUAGAGCUGCCUCUGGGAAUGGAGUACACAACAGAGGAAGGAAGCUCCACAAGUAAAGACAUCCCUUUUAACCCAUCUGAAGAUCCAGAUGCCAAAGAAAGUGAAACUUCUAAGAAGUGUCGCAAAGGGGGAAGAAUAAAGGGUUUGAUCUAUGAAUGUAAUAUUUGUGGAGCAAGAUAUAAAAAAAGGGGCAACUAUGAAACCCAUAAAAAGUACUAUUGCUCAGAUGUACACAUCAUGAAACCUCAAACUGUGGUGCCUCAUAGCUCAGCAGAAACCGAAAAAGGUUUAGGAGAGCAUGAAACUUGGCCUCAGAUAAUACAUUACAAACUUGGGCAUGGCCUAGAACUCACUCCCCUAAGAAAAAGACGGAAAGAGAAAAGUCUAGGUGAUGAGGAAGAUCCUCCCGCUUUUGACACAACUGAAUAUCGUCCAUCUGCCACAGUAACAAGUUCCCACUAUGCCACAUCUGACACAGAUUUAAAUAUUUCUAGAAAUGUAGCAAAGCAUUCUGCUGAUCAGAGUGAACCAAUGUCAUUGUCAGAUGCCCCUCUCAGUAUGCCAGCUUUGGAAAGCAAAGAGAGGACGACAAUAUCUAAAGAGAUCUCUGUCAUUCAACACACCAGCUCCUUUGAAAAGGCCGAAACCAUGGAACUUCUUAGUAGUUUUGAGGAUGAAGAAAAGCCUCUAGCAAAAUCUUCCUCUUUCACUUUAAGUCAGCAUCCUCGGCCAUCCCAAUCGCUGCAGCCAAAAUUGGUUCGUCAACAUAAUAUUCAGGUCCCAGAGAUUCUUGUCACAGAGGAACCAGACAAACCAGAAGCAGAACCUGAACCGCCCAUAAAAGAAGAAAAAUUAGAGGAGUUUCAGUGGCCACAGAGGAGUCAGUCUCUUUCUCAACUUCCUGCAGAAAAACUCCCUCCAAAAAAGAAAAGGCUUCGAUUAGCAGAGAUGGCCCAGUCUUCUGGAGAGUCCAGCUUUGAAUCAAUGUCCCUCACACGUAGUCCGAGCCAGGAAAGUAGCCUAUCUCAUGCAUCCAGUCGUUCAGUUUCUUUUGAUCGUGAAGAGAUUACGAAGCCUGAGGUAUCAGGGCAGACAUCCGAAACGUUGUCAAAAUCCUUUGUGCAUCACAUGCUUACUGUACCUUCACAUCAUCAACAAGUUAGAGAGAUGAGGAGGUCGGCAUCAGAGCAAACACCAGAUGUAUCUCAUACAUCCCAGAUAGCUGAGAAUCGGAGCAAAUCAUUUGAUUAUGGAAGCUUACAAUUCCCAGCGUCAACAUCGGGACCUACAGCACAAGAGAGGAGAAAAUGUUUCUCAAUCAGACAGAGUUCCCUUAGCAGACAAGUGGAACAUGAACCAGAAUUAAUGCAAAGAGACUGGAAAGAAACAGAGACACUUUCCUCAUCAAGUCAAGGCCCCAAAUCCACCCAUCAGCCUUUUCCUACAUCACAUGAGUCUCUGCCUACUGAGUCUUCCCAGCAAAAGCAAAGUUCUAAGACAGACCAACCCUUGACUGAAGACACAGAGAAGACUUACUUACCACAACAGCUGUCCCUUUUUCAUGACCAGCCCCUAUUGAAGCUGCCAGAAAAUCCUUCAGAACUUAUAUCUUCUCAAGCAAUGAGUGAUUUGCUCUCUAAUCAAUUUCCUCUUUCAUAUGUCACUCCAACUGUGUUUCAAACACCAACACUGCCCUUACAACAUACACUCCUCCACCCAAGUCACAUUCAGAUACCCCAGCAUCUAACUCCUCAUACAGACAUUCCUUUUAGAGAACAGUCUUCAUUUUUAUCUCUUCCCUCAACUUUCUUACUGUCAAUGCGACCCCAGUUUGCACUUCCUUUGCCCACCGACAUCGGGAUGCACUAUUCACAAUUAAAACCAAUGAUUUCACUUCCAGUGGGGACAUCCAGCUUCUCUCCUUGCAAGACUUACUUUUUAGAAAACUUACAUACAACCCCAGACAACCCAUUGACAUCAGAGUCCUCCACCCAGGCUGUCCCAGUUUGUUCUGAUCCAACUGUAUCUCUUGUUGUUCCAGUAAGAGUUCAUACUCAUAUGCCUUCCUACGGUACUGCAAUGUACACAACACUGUCCCAGAUCCUUGUCACCCAGCCACACUGCAGUUCUUCUGCUGUGCUGCGGACAUUUAAUGAAAGCAAAUCCAAGGGUUUUGACUUGGCACAUAUCUUGCCAGAAGAUCAGAGCAACCUUUACCAAGCUCCGUACCUCCAUGUGCCAUUUCCAACAACACAAUCCAGCAGUUAUAUCCCUUUCAAACCAGCAGUUGAUAGUCAUCUUGGGUUGGAUGGAAGUUCCUCAUCUGUUGGAGGAAGCAAGCGUAUGUUGUCUCCAGCUGGUAGUCUGGAGCUCACCAUGGAAACACAACAACAGAAAAGAGUAAAAGAGGAAGAGAUUUCAGACAAUGAAGGUCUGGGGGAAAUCUUGAAACCUUUGUCUGGGGCACAUACAGACUUUUUAGAGAGUAAGACAUCAGAUAUUACUUCUUUGGUUACCAGAAUUCAACGCAGCACUGAAAUUCUAGCACAACCUUCUGUUGCCCCUGAAAACUUUGCUGUGAAAGAAAAAAGUCAAAGCCCAUUAACUCCAACACUUCCUGGGCCUUCAAACAGCAAGUCGCCUGAGAAAUAUAAGGAACAAAAGUACACAUGCAAAGUACAGAUCAAAACAGAGGAUUUUGCAGACAUCUUAGAGCCCUCUUCCUCAUUUACUGCUUCCACCUCUGGGACAUCUGCCAGUCUUGGAGACUUGAGCCAGCAAGGAGGUACACAGGCUAGAAAGGUACAGAGUUUCCCAACCCUUCAUACAACUACAAAUGUCAGUUGGUGCUACUUGAACUAUGUGAAGCCAAAUCAUGCCCAGCAAAAUGACCGAAGGGCUUCUGUUUACGCUAGCUGGUGCAUCAGUUUAUACAACCCAAACCUUCCUGGUGUCUCCACUAGAGAAGCUCUAUCCCUCCUGAGAUCAAAGCAGAAGAAUUCCAUUGAGAUCUACUCUAUGGCUGAUGCUUUACAGACAGACAGGAGCCUAUUGGUGCCUUCAAGAGAGAGGAAACCCAAAAUGACUGAGGCUCAUCUGCCCCCUCAAGUGCAAAAUCAGACAGCAAGCAUAGAGAAGGAAGAAGAAAAUAAAGUAAGGACAGAAGAGGAAGUGCCAGCUGUCAGGAAAAGUGAGCCAUCUCGUAUACGGAUCUUUGAGGGAGGAUACAAGUCCAAUGAGGAGUAUGUUUACGUGCGAGGCCGUGGUCGGGGUAAAUACGUGUGUGAGGAGUGCGGUAUUAGGUGCAAGAAGCCAAGCAUGCUGAAGAAACACAUUCGAACGCACACUGAUCUCCGGCCAUAUGUGUGUAAACAUUGCAACUUCGCCUUUAAAACCAAAGGGAAUCUGACUAAACAUAUGAAAUCCAAAGCACACAGUAAAAAAUGUCAGGAAUUGGGACUGGUACCACCAUCACCAUCUGAUCUGGAGGCAGAAGAAGGGACCAGCGAAGAACGUUGGCAGGAUAGUGAUGUGGUGGAAGAACACCAGUUCUCAGAUUUGGAGGACAGUGAUGAUGAAGAAGACUCUGAUGAUGAGGAGGAUGAAGAUGAUGAUGAGGAGGAGAGCCAGGAGGAGAAGUCUCAGGAAAUAUCUCCUGCAGUGAGUGCCUCACGCUCAUCGGAUGAUCCCAGUCAGGAACCAGAACCCCCAGACAUCUCAACAGCCUUUCAAUUUUCUUCUCAAACUUUGCCCACUAGGGAGCAGCCUGAGAAGGAGUCUCGGAAACUGCUGAUGUCUGACCUUUCAGCACCACGUGAAACAUCACCAAGAAGACAUUGGUCUCCAGGAAAGGAGACAUUAGUGUCCAGCAGAGCAAGUCUGUCCAGGAGACACUUUCUCCAGAAGAGAGAAACCUCACCCAAAUGCUUAUCCCUAACUCGCUGUCCCUCACCUCGCAGGGGAAUGUCUCCAUGCCAACGUUUGCCAUCAACCAGGGAGGUAUCUCCACUCCGGUGCAUUUCCCCUCAGCAUUUGUCCCCCAGACACAACCUUUCACCUCGAGCUUAUGUGUCACCAGAGCGUGGGUCAUCUCCACCAGUAAGACAUAUGUCUCCAAGUAAAGAGCUACCAGGAGGCCAGUACUCAUCCCUCAGAAGUGGACUGGCUUCUCCAUUACGCUAUUCAUCACCUGUAAGAGAGGAGCUGCUGCCAAGCACAUCAGAUGCCAAUACCCAAUUUAAAGUUCAACAUGGGGUCUUCCCAUCCUCGGCUCUACCUCAUAGGACUUCAGGGACAGCAGGGAACAAGCAGAAGCCAGAACACUCCGAUUUUGUGACAUUGUCCCGAAGCACCCGCUCCCCUCUAACGCAGCAUUCUCCUCCCAGAUGCAUGGAGAACUUGCUUUCCCACCUUCCUUUGCACUCGCAACAUUUGCAGAGGACACCCUACCCAAUGAUCCCCAUAGGUGGUAUCCAGAUGGUGCAGCCCCGCCCUGGCCCUCACCCAUCUCUCUUAGGACCUCCUUUCUCUGAGCUGCAACCAGUUUACCACACAGAUGUACCGCUGCGCCAGCUGCACCAAGGAGAUAAGGAGCAGCUCAGGACUAUGAGGAGUGAGAAGGACGAAGAAGACAGGGUAAUAUCUUGCCACAGCACAGCACCACAGCACCCACCUCCAAGCACUUACUGCCAAACCACCUGCAUUCCUCCCUGUUCAGGGACUCUCGAUGCCAGCAGUGGCCCCCAGUCUGAGGAAUGUGCUGAAGGAGAAGGGUGAAUGGACACAUCCUAAAGGCAAUGCCCUCUACUUUAGAGGUUUUUCUCUGCACUACAUUCUCCCCAUACAGAAUAAUGGGGUGAGAUUCCUUUUAGGAUACAGAAAUGGAAUUAUUUAAGCAUACAGAAUAAAAAGCCUAGGGUGAGGAUCCUAUUAGGAUAUAGGAUCAUGUUGCUGGGUUUCAGAUUAUGAAUCCUUUUAAAGUGAAGGUUAGAUAUAUCUGGAUGAUGAUACAGGAUAUGAUUCCAAGGAUUUUGAAAGAAGGAUCCUUUUAGGAUACAGGUUUAGCAACCCGGAUACUAAAAUAAGCAUCCUUUUGGGAUAUGUGAUAGGCAUCCUACGAAUGCAAACAAAGGAUCCAUUUAGGAUACAGAGUAUUUUUUAUAGGAUACAGAUUAGGGAUCCUAGGUACAGAAUAAAGAUCCGUUUAGGAUAUGGAAUAAGGAUCCUUUAAGGAUAUAUAACAGACAUCCUUGAAUUUAGAAGAAAGAUCCUUUUAGGAUACACAAUAGAAACCAUUUAUACACCUACUUUACAUUUGUUGCCCCAUUCUUGGGCAAGUGAGAGCGAUUUACUUCAGUCGUUUCUCAUUCCUUUUCUCCGUAACCUGCAGUUUAUCUGUGCCUUUUUAUACAUAAUUUGCUUUUAAGAUGCAAAAAAAAAAAAAAGAAAGGAAAAAAAAAAAACAGAACUUUUGAUGCUGUGAAUUAAUGUGAAUUUUUUUUCAACAUGUGCCCUUUCUUGAGGAGGAAAGGAUUUUAUUUCAGUCCUAACCUAGGAUCACCUUCCCUUUACCGUAAUGUGAUUCCAAGUUCUGGGUAGGAUAUGCACUGAGAAUUUAAUUUUUUUCCCAUAUAUAUAUAUAUAUAUAUAUAUAUAUAUAUAUAUAUAUAUAUCUAUCUGAGCUAAGUGUCUGCAGUUGUGUACAGAGGUGUAUUUAUAUUAUACAUUUAUUUAAUUAGGGAUGUUUUGUCUUUUUUCCUGUUUUGGCUUUAAAGAUAUUUGGUUAAAAAGCUUUAAUUUAAUUUUUUUAUGUUUUCUAAAAAAAAAACCUAAGCACUUGUAAUAUGGUUUAAAGUGGCACUGCUGAGCUAUUUCUAAUGUCACUAAGCAUCUAUACCCAGCAAUGAAACACAUUGCACAGUUUAUUGAUGCUUUGCAUCUACAUUAAUAAUUGUCAUGCUGAGCUGUAUAAUGGUGCUGAGUACACACAAGCAUGCCACACCGCACAGGGGGAUGUAUUCCCUUUUCAAAUUGCACAGCACAUACUUAGCAUCCCAAUGCAUUACAGCAUGCAUGCAGUGCUAUUUUAACCCUUAGACCCCCUUCACCUGCCAUUUAAUGAGAAAGGUCUGAAAACUGCUGUCUUAAAUUAUGACCAGGCAUCAAAUGGUGUAUUUAUUGAAGGGUGAGAACAUCUCAAAGUUACUUUAGUUUGUUUUGAAGCAAACCUGGCUUAGAUCUUAAACCUGCUUCCCCUUUCCUGGGAGCUCACAUUGAGAUGAUCUAUCUACCCCAUAAAAAUACAUAAGUAUCACUUAUCAACCCUGUUAGCAAAUUAUAUUUCCAGGGAUAUUUUUCUAACUGUAUAUUACUCAUUUGAAGUGGGAUGAAGAUGUUUGCAUGUCAAAACAAUUAUGUUAUUAGGUGUCCCUCUCACUGUAAAAAAAACUUUUAUUUCUUGCCCGGCCAACCUCCAUCUUGUUGCCUGGGUGUAUCUUCUUUGCUAUCCAUACUUUUGUUAAUGAGCACUUGUCCCCCAAUCUGAAAAUGUGAGUUCUUAUCCUAGCACUUAUACAUGAGGAAUACGUUACCAUGCACCUUAGCUGUCUCACCUUUUCCUCUAUACCUUGCACCUUGAAUCCUGUAGUGUGACAUCACAUUAACCGACCAUUUUCCAAAAAAAUUGCAGCUGUGUUGAGCAUAUUAAUUGUAUCUUAUCAUUUAGAAUCCUGGGGAAAAAAUAUUUAUAAAUUAAAUGUAAUUCCUUUUUUAUGCAAAAGAAAAUUAAUUGACAUUUUUGCAGGUCCUGUAAUAAUAAAAAAGGGAAAAAAAUAAAAUAAAAAAUAUUAAAAUAAAAAAAUAGACUUCAUUGAAAAUAUAUAGAAAAAUUACAAGAUCAAGUGAAUCUUUACAGAGAGUAAAUGUUUGUUCUACCCACUAAAAAUGUAUACUCAAUUCAGUUUACCUAUUGGUAGAAAAAUAGGGUUACAGUUAUAAACUAAAGCGACCCAGUGCAAUAUGUAGAUGGGUGGUCAACCUCAACUGUUCUAGCUACCCAUUAAGCAAAGUGGCAUACACAUACCCCUCAAAACUGCCAUUUAGUGAUACAUUUUUGUAUCAAGAUUCUGUCUUCAAAUUAGCUUAUAAAGUAAUAUGACCACUCACUGCCCUGUUACCCACAUUAAAGCUUGUGUAAAAUAAUUUGUGCAAACUCAGAUGGAGAAGUAGACACAGCUGUCUCCUAACGAGUCAAAAGAUUAGUCAUGUAUCAAAAAGAAAUGUUAUAAGUCAAAAAGGGGGCGUGCCAAUUCAUCAAAAUCCACACGUAGACACAUGGCAGCUUGGGAUUUUUUGUCUUUCUUUUGUUUGCCAUUACAGUAUGUGUUUUCAACAGAUCUGAGAUGUAGAAUUUGAAAAAAAAUGCAUUUAAAUAGUGUUUUGUGAUUGAAAAGCCAGUCUUGAAAUUUCCACAUGGGAGGUAUGGGGGCUGUUACGUUGCAUUUGAGAAGAAUUGUAUUAGUUUGAAUUAUUAUUUUUUUUAACAAUUUGGAAACAAUUUAAAAGGGCUUUAUAUUUGAAAACCUCUCAAAAAUCCAUUUAAUGCACUUAGCAUAAGAAAUCAAAUGGAUUGGAAUGGAGCGCAUAGUUAGAAAUUGGCUAUAUUACUUGAUAAGCCUCUUGAAGGUUGACUUUUUAUUAUAAUAGAUAUUUAAUCUUUAAUUUAUUUUUCUAUUAAAGGGACAUUCUGACGCAUAAAUGAAAUGCCCUAUUUGUUAUAGUAUGUUGUUUUUUUAAUUAGUGGCCUGCUUUGGAGUUGGAGAAACAUUGCAGCUCCUGGGUUGGAAAUGGAUGGGUGAUACAUACAUAUGUAGCUGCUAAUCACCAGCUGUGCCCUUUCCAGAACCUGAAAUUUGUUGCUGCUCUUGAGUGGGGCUUUAGCUAUGUUUUAAAACUUUUUAUUUUUUUUAUUUAAACACAUGAUAAAGAACAUUAAUUGGACAUUUACAAAUUAUGAUAGAUUUUUGUGUUAAAAUGUCCCUUUAAAUGCAUAUGUUUCUCCCUUGGAAUUAACUCUAUGUCUCCUAAAUUUAUUUUGUUCCCUUUAGCCCCUUAAACAUGUCACUGAUUAUAGGUCACUUUACAUCCAGUAGGAAUGACCAUUAAACUCAUUACAAUGGUAUUUUUCUUCCCAGUGAGGCUGAUCAUUUCAUACUUGAAACAUUUUUUUGUGUGUAGGUCACUUUUCUUCUGAGUGGGACUGACUCUGGGCUUUAUUUAUCAAGCUGUAGACUCACCUUGGGAGUCCUUGUGGUGCAGGCAAGCCUGCAAACUGUGAAGUAGGCAGCAGAUAUGUUUGAUUCUUGUUUCCAAACUUGAGGUGGCAAAAUUAUAUCAUUUUAGACUGAUUUGUCUAGGAUGAGUGACACACCAACUCUUGCCUGAUUGGUUGUGUGGCUGCACAAGCAAUUGCUUGUUUAAUGUUAAAUUCAGACAGAGAAUGCUACUUGAUCAUCCCAGAUGCAGGAUAACAGGUUCCCUAGCUGGGAACAUUGUCUUCUUUAAAGCUUGAUAAAUGGAGCUGUAUAAUCCCUUUAAUAUUUUACUGUUAUUAGCUCACUUCUUCCCAGUGGAACAUAUUAUUUAAUGCAUAAAAAUGUUUGUCAUUAGUUUAGUUGUUUUCUUUAGGGGCCAAUACUUAAGCAUAUUGCAGUCAUUAGGUCACUUUUCACAUGCAUUUUUGACUCAGGUUUGGUGUUUUGUUUCCCCAGAUGAGAACAUGUUUUUUUAUUUAUAUAAUUGUUAUUCAAGCAGCAACUUAUUUUGUGGUUCUUCGUGGGUAGCACAUACAUUUCCCUCACACUGUCAUAGUGACAUAUUCAGGAACUGAUGAGUGUAUCUCCUUGUGCUUUCUUAAAGCUGGUAGAAGCUUGAUCAGGCACUGCCUUUUCCUACAUAUACAUCUACUCUUCAAUGCACUAUUAAUUAUUUUCUACCUACUUGGUGCAAGGUAGUUUUGGCUGCAGCUGUUACCAAUCUAAAGAGUUUUCUGUAUUAGGGACAGCUGGGAGUUCUGCAUUUCUCCUCACUAAAAAAUGGUGUCCUGAUACAUUUUUAUUGUUUCUUGUCAGCCUGUAGGUGUUUUUCCUAUCAACUUUAUGCCUUUGGUGCUAUUCUCAGAAUUAUAGUUCUUCUAGCCAAGCUAAGACCUAUUGCUACUUGAAGAGGAGAAGUAACUGUAGAUUUACUGAUUUGGGAUUUGUUUGGUUCUUUAAGAAAGCUUACAACAGUAUACACCCUGUUAGUUCCUGAUUUUAUGUGAAUAAUUCAUUUGAUCUUAUCCAAUGGUCCCUUGAGAAAUCAUAUUUAGCUUAUAAAACCAACUGAUAUUGUGUCAUUGUAGGAAACAAACAAGGUAUCCAAUUAUUCUAAACUUGAUACUUAGAGGGAUACUAAACCCAAAUUUGUUUAUUUUAUGAUUCAU